AUGGACCAACGUGACACGUGGUUCCGCAACCUCGAGGGCCGAAUCUUCAAGAUUAAAGCACUCAACAUGUCAAUCAAAAUGGAGGAACAACUGACAGAAAUUACGGACCCUAGAAUAGCACAGAUGCACGUCUUGACUCAUGUGCGCGUACAAGAAACUGGAUCUAGGGUGAUGGUCAAGAUCCGAUAUGAUCUCAACCCUGAAGAAUUUGGGAUAGAGGAUGUCGAGAAGAACAAAGCGAUUGUCGACCGUCACAUUGACUGGAAAAUCGACAUCAUGGACCAGCUAGCUGACAUCGGACAUGGACCAGAGCACAUGCAUAGUGUCCGCUACAAACAAGGCCCGACUUUUGCAUAUCCUGGGGGCUACGGUUUUGUUAUGGUCAUGAAGCAAGCGCCUGGUGAAGAUGUCGAAAAGAUCAGAAACCAACUCUCAGGCGAAAAGCUUCAUAGCAUCCGGAAGCAACUCGCUUACAUACUGAACGAAUUGGCGAGAUCAGACUCCGAGAGUGCACCACGGCCGGCAGGCUCGCUGCCUUAUCACUCCCGUAGACAUUAUGUCGAAAACGAGCCUACGCCUCGUCAAUCUCCUCAGCGUCGCGGACCACGAACACUUUCGUAUGUCGUACCCCGGGAGAUAUUAUCUGGGUCUCGUGGAUCCCCUCUGAGUGCUAGGCCACAAGUACCGCGGGAAUCACCGUCGGGCGCUGUAGAAGGCUUGUCUGAUCUGCUACAGGCGGCAACAACGGACGAAAUGAGUGGAAUAGCCGGACGAGGUGGAAGAGGUGGACUAUCUUCCUCAGGACCAGAGGAGCACAUCCCAAUGGCAGCCGCAACUGUCCAGCGUCAGCCGGAUAUCCAGUAUCAUCCCGAUUAUCCAAAGUAUGCGGAUCGCACCGCAAGACGCCUGGAGUCGGAGACUCUACCUAAGGUUUUGCCACCGGGACUGCCACAGCAGCUUGCUGCAUCUUUUGUUUGGGAUGGCAAGGAUAUCCAGGGACGCGAUGACUGGGUUGUUGUUCUGAGUGACCGUGACGUGGAGGAGAUUGACCAAGCGUUGAACCAUUUUAAAGGUAACCAAUUUGCGUUUCCAAGUCAAUAUUGUAUCACUGAUGGCUCCUCAUCAGCAUUGAACCUAUCUCUUGGCCACAUCAAUCAAACAACCUUUCCGUUACCAAUUCUCCAUAAUCUGCUACGGGAACAGUCACGGAAUAUUCAUUUUGGUCGAGGGUUCUUUGUUCUCCGUGGUAUACCAGUAGACAAAUACUCCCGGGAAGAUAAUAUCAUUGUCUACACUGGUGUCUCAUCCCACGUAGCCGAUCUUCGAGGCCGGCAAGAGAAAAGGAACGCCGCAGAGGGGCAGACAGUGGUCCUCUCACAUAUCAAAGAUCUAACUCCGACGUACAGCAGGGAGUCGAUUGGAGGUCCUGCGGCUACAAAUGAUAAGCAAGUAUUCCAUACUGACUCAGGAGACAUUGUGUCUCUGUUCUGCCUCGAGUCAGCAGCGGUGGGCGGCGAAUCACAGCUAGCAAGUAUCUGGAAUGUCUAUAAUAUUCUGGCAAAAAACCGUCCGGAUCUCAUUCACACAUUGACGGCCGACUGGGUGCUUGAUGGGUUUGGUAAUCCCGUGACUCCGUAUACCCUGAGACCUCUCCUCCAUUACCAGCCCACAACAGCCGAAGCACCAGAACGACUUAUAGUGCAAUAUGCUCGACGAUACUUUACUGGAUUUUCAGGCCAGCCACGAUCGGCCGAUAUUCCACCGAUAACUGAAGCCCAGGCAGAGGCAUUAGAUGCUCUGCAUUUCCUCGGCGAAGAGCAUAGCGUUCGGCUAGAUUUCCAGAAGGGAGAUAUCCAGUACGUAAACAACUUGGCAAUUUUCCAUGCACGAGAGGGAUUCGAAAAUGCUCCGAAAAAAGAACGUCAUCUUCUUCGCCUAUGGCUCCGAGAUUCGGAAUAUGCUUGGAAGACACCCGAACGGCUACAGAACCGCUGGGACGAGAUCUACAAAGAUUUGUCGGCGGAGGAGCAGAAAUUCCCUCUCGAGCCGACACUGAGAAAUGUGCUUGUGGCCAAAUCUGCAGUGAAAUAG